CAGAAUAAUCCUCACUAUCAGCAGCAGUGUUACAUGAAGGAAGGUUUUGCUCAGAUGGAUGUUUGGUGUUUUGUUAGAUGGAGGAGCCUCCAAGGAAGUAACAGGAUAUUCAGGAGGAGGAGUCCUUAUCAAGUGCAAGUAUUAUACAAAAUACACACGAAACAAAAAAUAUUUCUGUAAGGGUCCAGUACCAGGCUGUUCUGACCAAAUAAAGACAGGAGCUAAAAACGAGUGGAUAAAUUCAGGAAGAUUCUCACUGUUUGAUGACACCAAAUCAGCAGAGUUCAGGGUGAAGAUCAGAGAGCUCACUGUACAGGACACUGGGGCGUACCAGUGUGGAGUUGAUAAAUUGGGAAAAGACAUUUACACACCUGUGGAACUGAAGGUGAAGGAAGAUGUGUCCUAUGAGAAGUCCAUCAGUAAGACUGUCCAUGUAGGAGGAGAUUUGAUUGUCAGCUGUAAAUACCCAGAAUCCCUCAGGAGUGACUCCAAGUUUCUCUGCAAGACGAGGCUGCAAAGUGCUGCUUGUUUUUAUAAAGAAUCUGUUAAAGAAAGUAGAAAAUAUGUAAAUGAGGGGAAAUUCUCCUUGUAUGAUGACAGAGAAACACAAAUGUUGACUGUGAGUAUUAGAAAUGUAACUGAGCAGGACUCUGGUGAAUACUGGUGUGGAGCUGAAGCAGACUGGAAAUCUGAUCAUGGAUACAGGGUUUAUUUCACACAGAUCGACCUGACAGUUACUGGAUUUCCAGCUUUCACUGUCAUCACUGUGUCUGUAAUUCUGCUGCUGCUUCUGAUUGGAGUCAUAUUCCUCAUUGUGAUUCUACAUAAGAGACGCAGGACGCAAAGUCCAGAAACAAUGACACAAACUUACAAAGAGACAAAUGGAGAUUAUGAAAAUGACCCAGAUGUGCUUCAUUUCCAGUCAAGACAAAUGACCAACCAAUCAGAUUCAGUCUACCACAGUCUGAACCCCAACACCAACCAAUCAGAUUCGGUCUACCAAAGUCUGAACCCCAACACCAACCAAUCGGAUUCGGUCUACCAAAUUCUGAACCCCAACACCAACCAAUCAGAUUCAGUCUACCAAAGUCUGAACCCAACACCAACCAAUCAGAUUCAGUCUACCAAAGUCUGAACCCCAACACCAACCAAUCAGAUUCGGUCUACUAAAGUUUCAAGUGUUAAACCGACCAGUUGGGCACAGUUGGAGUCAGAAAUUGCCCUCUAACCAAUGAGAUUGAUGCUGCCAGAUUCUCUAUUAAACUGGACUGGCCUCUCAUUUGAAAAUUAUUCUAGUUUCAAACUAAAUUGUGGAAUAACCUGUCAAGAUCAGAACUUUGGGAUGAGUAAGCUUAGCCACACACUGAUUUUUACUGAUUUACUUAUUUACUUAUAAUUUCAUGAUUAUAAUUACUAUUCUCUGUCUUUUUUAUUUUCACUUUGAUUAUUAAACAUUUAAUUAAUCAUAAAGGGGAGUGUAGAAUAUUAUGUAUUUUAAACUCCACUCAAUGCUUCCUGUGUGUUGUACAUUUACUCCUUUACAUUUUGAGUACUGCAUCGAUAAUGGACUGUGGUUGCUAUGCGUUACUUGGUAGGUUCUAUUUUCUAGACUUAGGUCACUUUGAGUUUCCAGCCACAGAGGGUUUGUAAGAAAGAGAGUCAAAGGUUACAGGUGUUUUGGAUGAUGAGACCUUGAAGGGGUCAAAUGAAUAAAUGAAUAAAUUCUGUCUCCAUCCCUCCACUUUUGUGGCUGCCUGCAUCUCUUUAUGAAGAAAAAACUACACUAUGAAAUUCUGUAGUGUAGAAUCACAAUGUGAUUCGAGCCUUCUCUUGAGUUUUGGUCACAUUUUUAUUCUUACAUGGAUGUAGUGCUUCCCUCCUGUGAGUCUCACAUUAUCCUCUAGAUGGCAGCAGCAGCAUCAGACCAACUCACAAUAAACACUUUAACUCUAUUGAUCACUGCUGUAACACUCCACCUGUGGACUCAGAGCUGUGUUUUAAAUGAAGAUAAAUCAGAUAAGCAAGAAAUAAAUUUAAAAGAUCAAUAAUGAAAAGGAAAAUAAAUGAUGGGGAGAUGUCAUGUGACCCUAUGCAAUGCAGAGUUACUCUUACCACACCCACAUUGAUUAUUUCUUGUUUAAUUGCUCUCAUACCACAACAAAAGUACAACCCAUUA